AUGAUCUUAAGAUUUUACGAUGUCGAGAGAGGUGUGAUCAAGGUAGAUGGAGUUGACUUGAGAGAACUUAACCUAGCAUGGUACAGAGGACACACUGCACUGGUUAGUCAGGAGCCUUUUAUCUAUUCAGGUACCACACGCGAUAACAUUGUAUUUGGGAAGUUGGAGGCAUCUGAAGCUGAGGUGGUUGAGGCUGUUAAAGCUGCCAAUGCACACGACUUCAUCUCAACUCUGAAGAAUGGUUAUGAAACUGAAUGCAGAGACAGAGGAGUGCAAUUAUCAGGAGGGCAAAGACAGCGGAUAGCCAUAGCAAGAGCGAUCAUUCGAAACCCAACUAUUUUGUUACUUGAUGAAGCUACUAGUUCUCUUGAUGUACAGUCAGAGAAAGUUGUGCAAGAAGCACUAGACCGAAUAAUGGUAGGUAAUAGACAAUAUAAUUUUGUUACCUUAUUUAUCUGGGAGAAUAUACGAUAUGCAAUGAAGUCUCCUAGAUUUCCUGUAAUACUAUUUAUAUGA